AUGAUGGAUUUUGACGAAAGGGUCCCCGUUGGAUCGAACAUGUAUUUGCCCAGUUGCACUUAUUACGUGUCGGCGGGGGCUGAUUUCUCCGGUCUUCCCUCGUUUUUAUCCCAGACCCCUUCCACCCGCCCCAUGACAUACUCCUACUCCUCUAACCUGCCGCAGGUCCAACCCGUCAGAGAGGUGACGUUCAGGGACUAUGCAGCCAUUGAAGCGUCCGGUAAAUGGUCGCACCGGGGGAACUUACCCCAUGGCUACCCCAGCGCGGAGGACAUGGUGCACCGGGACUGUCUUUCGGCUCAAACUGCAGUCGUAGGGGACAUGUUCGGUAAAAACAGCCCCGCCGCCGCCGCCGCCGCCGCCUACCACCACCACCAUCAUCACACGAGCGCCGGCUCUGCUCCCACCAAUUUCUACGGGAACGUGGGCAGAAAUGGCGUGCUGCCACAAGUCUUCGACCAGUUCUACGAAACUGCGUACGGGAACGCGUCGGAGAGCUCCUCUACAAAUAGCUACUCAGGGGACAAAACGGCGACCAAGCAGCCCAGCUCUGCGCCGGAGGACGCACCGUCGUGCAGGGACACCGAGGCGAAGGAGCCACGGGAGGAGACGAGCAGCCCGGAGUUAUCUUCCGGCAACAAUGAGGAGAAAUCCAGCAGCAGCAAUGGACAGAGGACCCGCAAGAAAAGGUGCCCUUAUUCCAAAUAUCAGAUCAGAGAACUUGAACGAGAAUUCUUUUUCAGUGUGUACAUUAACAAGGAGAAACGCCUGCAACUGUCUCGGAUGCUCAACCUCACCGACCGACAAGUGAAGAUCUGGUUUCAGAACCGUCGCAUGAAGGAGAAGAAACUGAACAGAGAUAGAUUACAAUAUUAUACGUCUAAUCCUCUGCUUUAG